AGAUUUUAAGGUUUCACACACACUCGGGUAUGGAGAGGUGUAUAGUGGGUGAUGAGUCUCAGACCUGGUGGUUAACAUAGACUUUAGUUUGUCCAUUAACAAACUCACACUGAGCUCAAAGGACGCUAAUGGAUGGGGACGAUCCGGGUGGGGAGUGUGAACAUCGCUGACAGAUGGGUCGCAGGACUGUUGAGGGAUAGGAAUGGGUUGAAAGACCACUGAUGGAUCAGGAUGAGUUGAAUGUUGCUGAUGCUUGUGGAUGAGUUGUAAGAUCAGUAACAGAUAGAAAGGAAUCAGAUAGGGGUUAAGUCUAAGUCUAACUGGCCACUAGGGUUAAAUAACACACAACAAAUAAUAAAACACUGCACCAGUCUUAUUUAAAAAAAACUUACAUUUAGCCUGGUUUGUGCCACAUUGUGAGGCUGACGAAUCUAGGGCCUUUAGCUAGUCUGCAUGUGAAUAUUUCAUAUUCUUUAGAAACAGCUCUCACUUUUUUUUCUUUUUUUUUUGCCCACAAACGGAGGAGGAAGCAGGGAAAAGCUCAUUCACUCCCAUGAAUAAUGGAAUGACUUCUGUACUGCUCUGUGCCCGGUCCUCCUCCUGCUCCUCCUGCUGUCAUACACUUCCACACACACCCAAGUAUUAGAGACGCAGCACAACCUGACAGUGAAUCUGACCACACUGAGGGUUUGGUGUUAUGCCUGUUCUAAGGAAGUCUUCCUGGACAGGAAGCUGGGCCCUGUAACCCCGCCCCCUGGCACUUCCAAACCCAUCUCACCUGUCCCGGUGCUCGGCCAGGAUCCCGAAGUCUCGGACGGCCCCGCGGCUCUGAGAGUGCCACCGUCCGGAGUACCCGAGGAUCUGGAUAUGGAGACAGAAGAAGAAGACGAUCAAAAGACUAGAGGUCUGACCGGACUCAAGAACAUCGGCAACACCUGCUACAUGAACGCAGCACUUCAGGCGCUCUCCAACUGUCCUCCACUCACGCAAUUCUUUAUAGAGUGCGGAGUUCUGGUCCGAACAGACAAGAAGCCGGCGCUGUGUAAGAGCUACCAGAAGCUCAUUACAGACCUGUGGCACAAAAACAGACCCUCCUAUGUCGUCCCAACAAACCUAUUCCAGGGCAUCAAAGCAGUUAAUCCAAUGUUUCGAGGUUACUCCCAACAGGAUUCUCAAGAGUUUUUGCGCUGCCUGAUGGACCAGCUGCACGAGGAGCUCAAGGAGCCAGUAGAAGAUCUCGAGGACCAGAGUCAGACCUCCGGAGAAGAAGAAACCGAGGCUAACGAAGCUAACGAGGUUAACGAAGCUAACGAGUCCAACGAAGCCGAUACACUUAUCUCGGACGAGGAGAAAGGGAGCCGAGCUCGGCAGAGGGAGAAGAACCUCAUCAACGAGCUGCACCGAGUCGGCAUGGACAAGGAUGAGGACACGACGACCAUCGUGAGCAACCAGGGAGCCGUCAAACACAGCAAGGCCGCGGGUCGGUGCUCUGAUGCCAAUCCAGAGAUCCAGAUCAGCAGCACUGGGCGGCCCCAGAGCCCGAGUGCCAGUGAGAACAUCGGGUCCAAACUGUCCAGCAGCCCGCCCAAAUCUACCCCCAUGUGGCCAAACCUUAACCCGGCUCACAAGAAAGUGAGCAUGUUCGCGCCCCCAAAGAGCAAGCGGCAGAGGAAAUACCGCAGCGUCAUCUCUGACGUUUUCGACGGCACCAUCGUCAGCUCGGUGCAGUGCCUGACCUGCGACAGGGUGUCGGUGACUCUGGAGACCUUCCAGGACAUUUCGCUGCCCAUUCCUGGGAAAGAGGACCUAGCCAAGCUCCACUCAGCCACCCAUCAGACGUCGCUGGUGAAGGCGGGCUCGUGCGGCGAGGCUUACGCUCCUCAGGGCUGGAUCGCCUUCGUCCUCGAGUACAUCAAGAGCUGGUUCUGGGGCCCGGUCGUCACACUGCAGGACUGCCUGGCCGCUUUCUUCGCCCGGGAUGAACUCAAAGGAGACAACAUGUACAGCUGUGAAAAGUGUAAGAAGUUGAGAAACGGAGUCAAGUUCUGCAAAGUCCAGAGUUUGCCAGAGAUCUUAUGCAUUCACCUGAAGCGCUUCAGGCACGAGCUGAUGUUCUCCACCAAGAUCAGCACCCAUGUCUCUUUCCCACUGGACGGCCUGGACCUGCAGCCCUUCCUGGCCAAAGACAGCCCGGCUCAGAACACCACCUACGACCUGCUGUCCGUCAUCUGUCACCACGGCACCGCCAGCAGUGGCCACUAUGUGGCGUACUGCCGCAACGACCUGAACAAAUUGUGGUACGAGUUUGACGACCAGAGUGUGACGGAAGUCUCCGAGUCCUGUGUUCAGAAUGCCGAGGCCUACGUGCUCUUCUACAAGAAGAGCAGCGAGGAGGUGCAGAAGGAGAGACAGCGAGUGACAGCUUUGGUCAACAUGAUGGAGCCGAGCCUGCUCCAGUUCUACGUCUCGCGCCAGUGGCUUAAUAAAUUCCGGACUUUUGCAGAACCCGGGCCCAUCUCCAACCACGACUUCUUGUGUGCACACGGAGGUGUGCCGCCCCACAAGGCUUCAUACAUCAAUGACCUGGUGUUCAUGCUGCCCCAAAACGUCUGGGACCAUCUCUACAGCAGGUAUGGCGGAGGGCCAGCAGUCAACCACCUGUACGUCUGCCACACCUGUCAGCUGGACAUUGAGAAGCUGGAGAAACGCCGCAAGAACGAGCUGGACAUGUUCAUACGGCUGAACAAGGCAUUUCAGGAGGAGGAGUCUCCCGUGGUUAUCUACUGUAUUAGCAUGCACUGGUUCCGGGAGUGGGAGGCCUUCAUUAAGGGCAAGGACAACGAUCCUCCAGGACCUAUCGACAACUCGAAGAUUGCUGUGAACAAAAAUGGCCACGUCACUCUCAAGCAAGGUGCUGAUUCGGGGCAGAUCUCGGAGGAGACGUGGAACUUCCUGCACUCGAUUCACGGCGGCGGUCCCGUGGUGGUGGUGCGACCCAGUGUGAGCCACCAGGAACCCGACACCUCUCAGGGUGAGGAGAAGAUCGAGGUGGAGACCCGUGCCCUGUAGGGAAAAGGGAAAAGGCUACGCUACUCACUCGCCUGUCCUUCAUUCCCUGUGUGCAUUCCUAACACAUUACAAGUUAACAAACCUCAUGAAUUACACUUCACGUUUGUAUAUACGUCACCGUUAGCUAGUUGGUUCAACUUGAAGUCGACUGAAAAUUAAAUUCACCCCCGGCCAGGACACGUUUAUCGUCUGACGUUUGCGUGUUUUUCAGUUUUUCGUGCAGCUAAUGAGUAAUACAAGUCUUAUCGCACCACGUUAUACGCAUUCCCAUCACACGCAUAGUAAAUAAUUUUACUGUUGAAGCAAAGAAACAUUUAAAAAUCGCCACCUUAUAACAUUCCACUGUUUAGUUUUGUGUAAAAAAAAAGAUGACUGUAAACUUGACUAGGUUGUAAAUCACUAAGAAGAAAAAAGGUGAUUGAUUAAGGCAGAAAUGUAUAAUUGUUUAAGUAGAUUUCUACUACUUUAACAUUUAAAACAUUAACAUGAAAAAGUGUGCUACAAAAUUUUGUUGAAUUAUUAGCUACAAAAAAAAAGUCAGACAAACAUUGAUGGGAACAAUUUUAGUGUGAAUGUAUAUCUAUUUUAGAUGAACUAUUCAUUUAAAGCAGUGAUAAUUCUCUCAGCUGGACAUGCAUUAAAAAUAAUACUCAGCCGCUGGACAUCACGUUUCAGUGCUGUGUAAUGAAUAUAAUUGCUCACUUCCUGUUCCUUAUUCUGACACGUAUUGCUUCUAACUUCACAAAUACUGUAGAGGAUGUGCCUGAACCUGUGUGUGUGUGUAUAUGACAUCUCUUAUUCAGGUGUGCUAUAAGCUAAGGGGUAAGCAUUUUUCUGAAUGACGUACGUGAUUACUAGGGGAUCGUACCCACCAUAUUUUCCAGAAAAUGAGCUCAUAAUUGUUGUCUUCAUUAAGACCAUGUCAUACACUUUAGACAUAGAAUUGUUUGCUUCUUGCAUGCUAAAUUAAGUGCCCCCCC